ACUUGAUGUUGAGGGUGCACUGGUAGCCACCGUAAUACUUCUACCGAAGUGCGUACUGUUUCAAAUUUACCGCAGCUCUUCGCGAUCAUGGGUAGCUUGAAAAUGAUUGCUGCCUGUGUAUUGGUGGCAGCGCUUGGGUCACAGGUAUUUGCGGUGAUAGCAUGCACACCCUGUCGCCCACCUUGGGUGAAUUUCAGAAGCCACUGCUAUCUCGUCUGGUCCGAGCCCAAGACGUUCGACGAAGCCGAGGCCCAUUGCCAGGGAUUGACCGUCCAUGGUAGACCGUCUCAUCUGGCCUCGAUCAGAAGCCAGGAGGAACAAGACUUCGUCUCCGACUUGAUCGCCGCCACCGUUGAUCAGGGCCAGUUUAUCUGGUUUGGCUACCGUCGCGUCGAUAACACCCCGAGAGCCUUCGCUUGGGUCGACGGGUGUCGGCUGGGUGACUACACCAACUGGGAGCGCGGUGAGCCUAAUGAUACUAACGAGAAGUGCAGCAUUUUGUAUGAUACCGGCAAGUGGAACGACUUCUUUUGCAGCAGGAAUUGUGUCUUUGUAUGUAAGACGCCGGACCGAAUGUCUCAAACCAACUGUGAUGGUCAGAAGUAAGCUCAAGUAGAGUGACCUUACCGGACGGCAAGGUUCCUGAUUAUUCCUCAUUUGCGUAUGUAACUGACAAGACCAGAUUCCAGGAAAUGGCAAGAGAACGUAAGCGCAAAAUCUGAACGUUGAGUGUUUCGAUGAUGGGGUACGGCUUCAUAUCCCAAGAAUCUUUUUUUUGUAAAUUUCUUGAACUACACAGAAUGAUCAUGCUCCGCAGC